AUGGCAGCCUUGUACCUGCACCAGGCCUUGUUCGCGCCCGAACCCUCUGUUCCCCCUGUGCUAGCUCAUACAAGCCCGCCGAGUUUCCGUCAUGGCUCAUCUAUCCAAGUCGACCGACAUUUGUCCUCGGUUUCAUCGGUGACACUGCGCACCGCGUCCACUUCGGAUUAUUCGCAUCCCACUGAACCGCUCCUGCGCCCGCUCGAUUCUGAGCCGUCGGCUUACCUGGACUUGCUCUCGACGCAGCCGCAAUAUCCGAACAACCAUGGAACUCCAGAUGCGCCUCUCGCAUUGGAUGGCGACCCGGUGAUACCCAGCGAGCGCAGAAGUCGCUGGGAGCGGCGGAUCCGCAGGAGGUUGCGCCGAUUGCGGUGGUCUCGGCGGACGUUCUUGAUUAUCAUUGGUGCAUGGACGACAUACAACGCCGUCCGUUACUAUGUCGCAUUUGCAAUAUAUCAAUACUACGAGCGACAAGUGAUUGUGCUCACCCUCGGAACAAGCACUGCUCUCUCCACUGCUUUCACGCUCACCUCGCUCGCUUUCAAGUUCUUUGCACCCCGCCUUGGCUGGAGAGACAGGCCACGAGCACCCCAUGUCGUCUUGCAAGCCCUCCUUAAUUAUUCGUCGUCUGUUUUCCUGCUUGGUCCUGCAAUCGUUAACUUCGUUUUCGUCUUUCUCUGGAGACAUUCUGACAACCCUGUCAACACCCUGCGAGGUCGUUGUCAUUGGGACAUCGAUGUCUUCUGGUCCGGGCUCGGCUCGGCAUGUCCCAGAGGACCAUCUUGGGGCUUCUGGCUUGCGGGCGCUCUCGUUCGUCUGUUACUUACCAUCGUCGUCAUCGGCUGCUAUCACUUAGCAUCUUAUCAAUAUGACGUCACGCGGCAGCCAACGCGGCGUAGACGUCGGUCCCGCCCUCAUUCUGACAUGUCUUCGCCCUCAGUCACGGCCACCAUUACUUCGGCGGGCAGCUGUCCCACUAGCACCUCAGCAGUGUCCUCUCCCGUCUCAAUACCCAAAUUCAUUCGUCACCCGUCUAUCUCGACGUCUGAGGGACAUGCAACCAACGAGAGCUAUGGAAGCUCAAGCGAACAUCGCCCAUUGCGUAAUUCACGAUCUAGAAUUUCCGCUCAGAGUAUCACUGAGGGCAAGGCGAGAGAAGUCUACCAGCUGCCAUCCGCUGCAUCUCCAAAGACAGAGAAGGAAGCAAGUUUACCUGCAGAGCAACCGCCAGAUAGAGGGGACACGGCGUCAGAGUCAUCGUCCGAAGAUCUGCAUGCGAGCACCGACAUCGAUAGAUAUGGACGCCCGAUGGGGCAUGCACCGGGUGUGUAUGCUACUACUCCUCCAUGGGGCCCAACGUACGAGGAUGACGAGGAGAUCCCGCAAUCCUCAAUGUCAGACAGCGAACUAAGCACGUUUGCGGAACGCUUCCGACAUCUCGUCGCCGAGAUCUCGCGCGAGACGGAGGAGGGCAUCGCACUCGCCCAAUCGGAGUACUAUCCCCCUACGUUUCCUUCGAUGAGUGCGGCAACGCCACUCCCUGCGCUCACGGACUACGCAGACGACGACUAUGUGCCGGUGCUGGGCCGGACGGUGCACCGGAUGCCGACCAUUGAGUCGCUCGGUUCGCGCGAGAUGAUGAGCAUCGGCUCGCAGUCAGGCUCGAGUGUGCGGCGUGCGUCGCCCGGGCCGCACCACAUGUCGCGGCCGUCGACGCGCUCUAACAACUUGAGCGUGAGCGAAGCGGGCACUAGCACGCCGUCGACGCGGAGCCGGGCGAAUAGCCUGGAUGCGGCGCUUGCGCUUGCGGCACCCCCGUCCUCUGAGGAUAUGGGGGAGGAAGACGGGGCAAGGUGGGACGAGGAGGAAGGGGAUGCACAGGAACAUAGACCUGCGAGCCACGAGCCAUCGUCGAGAUGA